CAGGGGGAAAGGAAUCCCCGGCUCGAUGCACGCGUCUCAGUCCACCGGGGAACUUCGUCAAAAUUGCAUCCCUCUGUUCCGACAGUGGUGCAUUCUUCAGUUCGUAAGAGUGUCUCGGGUAUUCUCGGUGAACACACUUUGAACUUCGAAUUUGAGGAGUGCAACAACGACGUGAGAUCGAAAGACACGCGGAUCAUGUGGAGAGUCCUGAUCGCGGGAUUUUGCACGGUUGCCGCCACCGUUGCCCAGGAUUACGAGGUCUCGGACAUUCAGUGCAGCGGCGCGGGAUCGGCGGCCGAUCUUCUGACAGCGAAAAUCAAAAGGCCGGUCGGCUUCAGAGGCGCGCCGCUCUUCGCCGACGAUAGAUCGGCGAAUCCGCUCGCCGACAUUCACUGCCAGAUCAGACCAGACCCGAACGAUCCGCAAGAGGAUAACUACUUCCUGAAGGUGACUGACUUCUCCCGAUGCGGCAUCCUCAAGAGAAACGGAUUCAUUCAUCUGCGAGUGUGGUUUCCCGCCUUCCCCGGCGUGGUGAUGCUGGCCGAUCAGGAACUGAUCCUGAUGUGCCGUCCGCCCGAGCCGACGCUGCUCAGACACAAGGCCGCUGGCUUCGCCGGCACUUUUCCGCACGGCGCCAGGGUGUCCGGCGUAGUGGAGGAGACGCCGGGCAGGCUCGAGUAUGAGGUGGCUCUUUAUCGCGAGGCGACGGGCAACGUGUCCGACAAUUCGCAAACGGUCGAUCAGGCGGUGCCGAUCGGCACAAAGCUGCAGCUACGCGCACGUAUCAGUUCGGACAGCGCUUGGGGUUACAUCAAACUGCUCGAGGUAACUGUUAGUCCGGAUCCGGAUCAACCCCAUGCUCCUGGCAGCGUUGUGCUCGUCAAAGACGGCUGCAGGAACCGCGACUUCGCGUCCAUCAUUCCGCAUCAACCCGCGAGGUAUCGCGAUCGCAAAAACGAAGUUUUCCUCGACUUCGAAGCUUUUCUGCUGAGCUCGAUGAGGGAACGCUCCACCCUCUGGAUCCACUCGCAGAUCAAGGCUUGCAUGGAACCGCAGGAUUGUCAACCGGACUUUUGCCUCGAUUUGUUCGAACCAUCGGGACACGGGAGAAAAAAGAAGAGAGCGGCGGUCGAGGCGAAUGUAGAAGCUUCGGCCGAAUUCCUUCCGAGGGUCGAGCGUCUGAUCAAACGGUACAACGAUUCUACUCCGUACACGAAGUUCAAAGAGAACAUCGAGUACACGGUGAUGAUGCCGGAUGAUUUGUACGACAAAGUGGCAGCCGGUCUCGAAAGCAGUUGCGGGAAUUUCCUUUACGUGGCGACCGGAUUGGGCGCUCUGCUGGUGUUAUCGGCCUUUAUCAUGUGCUACCUGGCGUCACGUCUUCACAACCUGUCCUCGACAAUGCAGCAAAACAAGUCUAUCGAUGAGCUGGUCCGGGAUCGUACCAGAAAAUAUUGUGACACUACGCCCGGUUACACCGGACGUUCAACGGUGCAAUGAAGAGAAUUAUCACGACUGUGAAAGAUGCGAAAGUAUACUCUUCGUCAUCCACGAAAGUAUAUUCUUUGCAGAAUGUAAACUGCUUUACGCGACGUGGUGCAUGUAUCGGCGUAUACUAUAUGUUUUUUCGAUGUAACGUUAAAGCUUUGGAACUAGGAUGAUCGACAUAUCGUUUUGCGAGGAGUUUAGAAAGACGGCGAUACAUUCGCAUAAGCCGCUUAAUUUUCUACUGUCGCAAAAAACUUGUCCUACUUCAAAGAUAUAUAACGGGGCACAUUUUAAGUAUUACGUAGCAUAAUAUCAUACGCUACAGAAAUGAUUCUAAAUCGAGAAUAAAAAUUUUACGGAGAUUUCGAGUAACGUUCGAACACGCGCGAGCAAACACGAUGACACUGCUCAUCGUGUGGAACAAAAAUAGUUUUCAUGACGUAAGAUGCUCGAGAACGCUGGCAAACAAAAAUAUGUUUAUUCCCAUAUUAAAGUAAAUCACAAGUCUGAGACUUGUGUGUGUUAAUGAUAGAGCGGUUAAAUUGAAGAUAAACUGACAAUUUAUGAAAAAGGGAUCUUCGCGCUAAACGUAAAAAUACGCCGAUAAAGCAUUGUUCACUAUUUUGCAAUGUAGAUACAAUGUUUUAUACGUCACGUAUUUACGUUUUUCUGACAAUUUAUCAAUUAAUUAACAUAAUUCUUCUACAUAAACACAAACAGAAUUUUUCUCUUUCUUUUUACUCUCUCUUUUUAGAUAUUUAAUUUUCUGUAUCUUAAGUAUUUUUG